AAUGCUGCCAGACCUGCUGAGCUUUUGCAGCAACUUUGUAUUUUUUUUCUGAUUUCCAACAUCCGCAGUUUUUUUGGGUUUUUACUCAGUGUUUUAGGGUUUAUUUACAGGGCGCUCUUCAUUUAUCGCGAGCUCUGUCUUUUAGGGUUUAUUUGUGAAGGGCCCUGCCUUACAGAUAGUUUACAGGUCGGCUCAGUAUUCGGGUGCAUGAAGAGGGAAAAAAGCCUUGAAAGUGCCGUUAAUUUUUUGCAUGACGAGCUGCUGAAUACGAACCAGUCUCACACCAUUGCCAUCACCUUGCCCUUGUGAAGGCAGAUAUGGAUAAAGUUUUCAAAGCUGAUAGAAAAUUGAAAGCACUCACAUCCUGUGACGAUGACCUCUUCAAACAAGGAGCUGAACCCACAGAAUUAUGUGACCAACAAAGCCUGAGCCUUUUGCUUCACAAUGCAGUCCAGAUCCCUCGGCAGCUGGGUGAGGUACCUUCAUUUGGAGGCAGCAACAUUGAACCAAGUGUCCGCAGUUGCUUCCAACAUGGCCAGAACAAACCAGAGAUUGAUGUUAAACACUUUGUAGAGUGGAUGAGAUUGGAGCCUCAGUCCAUGGUGUGGCUGCCUGUUCGACAUCGUGUGGCAGCUGCUGAAACUGCAAAACAUCAGGCUAAGUGUAACAUCUGCAAAGAGUACCCACUCGUAGGUUUCAGGUGCCGCAGCCUCAAACACUUAAAUUAUGACAUCUGCCGAAGCUGUUUCUUUUCGGGACGCACAUCCAAGGGGCACAAGUUACAUUACCCAAUGGUGGAGUACUGCACUUCAACAACAUCAGGUGAAGAUGUGCGUGAUUUCACCAAGGUGCUGAAAAAUAAGUUCAGAUCAAAGAAAUAAUUGGCCAAGCAUCCUCGUUUGGGUUAUUUCCCAGUACAAACAGUCCUAGAAGGACACAAUCAUCGCCUUGGAAGCUUCAUCACGAUACUACUUUGCAUUUCUGAAGAGGGAAGAAGAAAUCAACAUGCAAAUUCAAUUCCAUGGUUUUGGAAGUCCCUUUGAGAACACGAUUCAUUUGCGCCGACAUAAUGCUCUGACCAAGAAAGAAUUGAAGUUUCCACUUGGAAGAAAGAUUCACAUCAAAUUGACUGGUCAAGGAAAUGGGACACU